AUGGGCGCAGGUCAAUCAACAGCGAACGACGCUCAUCCUCCGGGGCGUGCACUACAUGUACUACGCGUAACACCAUCAUCUCCCGCAUCCCAAGCGAAUAUCGAGGCGUUCUUCGACUUUGUGGUUGGUUUCGAAGGCGACUCCUUGGCGUCACGGAAGGCACUGGAUGCGUCAGAGCUUGAGCGGCUAGUCGAGAGCCACGAGGGAAAGAGCUUGAAAUUACUGGUUUGGAACAGCAAGACUCAGGAUACAAGAGUCGUACCCAUAACGCCUUCUCGAGAAUGGUCAGCCCUGAGCCCUACGGCAAUAAACCCUCGCGAACCGGAGUCAGAACCGCAGCCAUCACUACUCGGGCUCAGCAUGCGGAUGUGUGAACCGGAGUUCGCGGUCGACAAUGUUUGGCAUGUACUGGACGUGCUGGAGGGAAGCCCCGCGGAAAGUGCUGGUCUUGUGCCAUACGGCGACUGGAUCAUAGGAUGGUCUGGUGGAGUACUCAGCGCAGAAGGCGACUUCUACGACGUUGUGGAAGCGCAUGUCGACAAACCCCUUCGAGUGUAUGUCUACUCGUAUGACUUUGACACCAUCCGCGAGGUUGUACUCGUUCCGAAUCGGCAAUGGGGCGGAGAAGGCUUGCUAGGAUGCGUCUUCGGCUUCGGCUUACUGCAUCGGAUACCUCCCGUAUCUGGCGACCGUCAACCCGGAUCAUUGCCUCCAGAACUGGUCGAACCGACCGAGUAUGAGGAGCAGGAACUCUUUGUUCCUGCAGAUGCGUCGUCGGACAGACUAGAGUUUGAUCUGCCCGCGCACCGUCAACAAAGCGACGCUCAUUCGCAUGAUUAUGUUCCGCCUGCCGCCGACUACACUUACUCGUACAGCAAUCGUGGUGCAGCGUACAGCGUCUCCUCCAUUCCGGAAGAACAGGACGAUCAUGAGGCCAACGGUCAUGCUCAUCACGACCACGAUCACUCUCAUUUCGGACAUGACCACGGGCACGAUCAUGGGCAUGCGCACGACCAUGAACACGACCAUGAACACGACCACCACGACCAUGCGCAUGAUCACGGACACGACCACAGUCAUGGUCAUAGCCAUGAUCACCACAGCCAUAGUCAUGAUUAUGCCCACUCCGAGGACUCCGACGACGAGCUGGAGCGCCUGCGGAAUACCAGUGCCUCAACACCUCGACCAGACCUUGCUCGCCCACCCUCAUUGCGAGGGCUAUACCCGAACGGUCUACGUUUCCCGACGACGCCAGGCGGUCGUCCCUCCCUCUCCGACGCGGGCUCGUUCCGCUUGGCAAGCUGGGUCAACGCCGUUGAGGAUGCCAGGGACCGAGAAAGGGAGACGAGCGAGGAUUCGCAGGGGCUGGAGAGCGUCGCGAGCACGGACUUCGGUAGCGAGAUUGCGUCGGACUAUGGAAGCCUUACAAGCGUAGAGUGA